UAUUCAAAUACAAAAUUGAUUUCAACGUGUUUAACCUCAAAUAAGUUUAAUUAAAUUUGGUAAAAAGGGGUUAUUAUUAAUUAAUAAGACAGUAUACUGUUGAAAAGUUAUAUUUAACUUAAAAAAGCGUUGCAGAAAGGUUUUUAUUUGAAAUAAACAUAAAUUCCAACAAUUCAUAUUAAAAGUAAACAAUCAUGGACCUUUUGUGUACCGAAAAUAUAAUGCACGAAUAUGAAACGGAAAUAUUGUGUCAUCAUCAACAACAGCAGCACCAGCAACAGUUACAACAGACAUCAACGUUAACUAGAGAAGCAGAUGAAUAUCCAGAAGAGCAGCAAACCACACUUCAUAUAAAUAGCAAUAGCAGCAAUAAUAUUAAUAAUAAUACUACCACUACUAUUAUAACAACUACCUCACCACCAUCACUGUACUCUAGCAGCUCCUCGUUGUUAUCCUCAACGACGAGUUGCUCAUCGACAAAUUCUUCCGGUUACAAUUCCAGCAGUAGCUCGAGCAGCAGCAGCAGUAGCUCCAGCUUAAGUAGCAGCAAUAAUCCUUUAACCUCCUCUACAUCCUCCAACUCCUCCUCCACACUAAACAGCAGCUCUUCUAACAACAACAGUAAUUGCUGUCAUUCCUCCAAAUUGCAAUGUGACGAGGAUAGCAAUGACUUUGUUGACAAUUUAUGUGCGAGCAACAACAAUCCCACAACAUCAGCAACUGCAGCAGCCAGCAAUAACCAACAACAACAGAAUAGUGUUUAUGCCAACAAUCUCAUUAAUCGUUCAUUAGAUUAUGUCAACACGGCCACCGAGGAUCCCACCUUCUUAACAGAUCGUUGUUUGGAAAACGCUCUAAAGGCGGAGGAGAAGAGGCCACAACCCAUAUGCACCUAUUUUAAGACAGUACAAAAGGAUAUUACGCCACCUAUGCGUAAAAUUGUCGCUGAAUGGAUGAUGGAGGUCUGUGCUGAAGAAAAAUGCCAAGAAGAGGUUGUACUCUUGGCCCUCAAUUAUAUGGAUCGGUUUUUGUCUACGAAAACGGUGCGUAAAACACAUUUACAAAUUUUAGCCGCUGCCUGUCUCCUGCUUGCCUCCAAAUUACGUGAACCCAGUUGUCGUGCCUUAUCCGCUGAACUAUUGGUGUUUUACACCGACAAUAGCAUUCAUAAAGCCGAUUUAAUCAAAUGGGAACUUUAUGUCCUCAGUCGUUUGGGCUGGGAUCUAUCGAGUGUAACACCAUUGGAUUUUUUGGAAUUAUUAUUGAUACGCCUGCCCAUAAGAAGUUCAAAAUUUCCCGAUUUAGAUUUGGAUAAAGUGCGACAACAUGCACAAGCUUUCAUAUCAUUAGCAGCCAAAGAGCAUCAUUUUUCAAUGUAUUCAGCCAGUACUAUAGCAGCAUCAUCGAUAGCUGCUGCCUUGAGUGGUUUAAAUUGGCAUUUACGUACGGGUCAAAAUUUGCGUUAUUUACUUAAUCUCCUUACAGAUCUAACCAGUGUAGAACAGGAUUACCUCCAUGACUGUAUGAUGAAAAUGGAAACCAUCUUUGAAGAGCACAGUCGUAAUUUACAACCCUAUUUGGGUAGUGUAGAAAUACAGCAUCAUAAUUCCUUAAAUAACAAUAUUAGCAGCAACUCCACCUCCUCAACAACUUUAACAACAGCUCAAUCUCAGUUUAUACAAAACAAUCCUCAAUAUCUUCAUUAUGCAUAUCACAAUCAUCAUCAUCAUUCCGGCCCAACAAUGCAUCAUCAUCAUCUGGAUAUCGUCAGUGCGGCGGGUAGUUUAAAUGCGAAUAAUUUGCUACCAAAUCUAACACAAACCUGUAAAAUGCAAGCCAAUGCCCAAAAAGAGGUGCAGGAUAUAAAAUUCUAAGUCGUAGUUUUUUAAUAAGUUUUUUUUUAUUAUUAUUAUUAUCAUUAUUAAUAUUAUUUUUAUUAAUUAACUAGUUUUUUAUUUGUAGCUUUAGUUUAUGAGAGAAGAAAAAAAGUAAAUUUUUUUUAUGAAAAAAAGAAAAAUUAAGAAAAUCGAAUUGUU